GAACAGACUUCCUGUGUGUCUGUGACAGCUGUGCUGAAGAUGUUACUCCUAGUUUUCACGGUGUGUUCAUUAUCGUUUUGCGUGGAUGCUUUGGCCGAGGAGGACCCAGCACAUUCACCGAGGAUAAAAUUCUCAAAAAAUGAUACUGCAGUUAAAAGGUUUUCCUUACCUGGAAACGAUGCACCCAUACGGAUUCUCCUGCAAAGACAGCCGGGCAAAGUCACAGCUGUUGGACAAACGCACCUGUAUUCAUACGACUUUCAAAAACCUCGGAAGACUCCUGUAGAGAAGAAGGUGAUGUGGGGGCAAUGCGGCUCACAAAAGGAUUGCAGCUAUAAAAUCAGCGUGGUCCACCAGACACAUCGGGCCAACCACGUGUUUGUGUGCGGAACCAAUGGCAGGGAAACGGUGUGCUGUGUGAUGAAUUUAACAGAGCAUUUACCUUCAUGCACCACCUCUAAGAGCAUUGAGGGAAUAGAAAGAAGCAUAAGGGCAUUUGUCAUAAAGGAAAGUGAACCAUCUGCUCUUGUUGAGUCAGAAGACAAUGCAGACUUCUACAUUACAUACUCUGGAUCUUCAGGGAAUGUUGGCAUCUACAAGUUUGGACAGAACAGAGUUGAACCUUCAAAGCAUGACAAAGAGCAACACUAUGUGGGUUUAGUGCUCAGCAGACGGGAAAACAGGCCCUCACAGGACAAAGUGUAUGCCUUCUAUAAUGAGAAAAACAGAGACAAUCACUUGCAGAGUGACAUGUGGCUCCCUUUUGUGACCCAGGUUUGCAUGGCAGAUGUUGGCGGUCCAAAGAGCAACCUGCAGUUCAGGUGGACGUCCCAGUUGAAUGCCAGGCUCUUCUGUGGAAACGCUGACAGCAGGCAGCAUUUCUCUCAACUGGUGGAUGUGGCCACUGUGCAUGCCGACAGGUGGCAGGAUACCAGGGUUUACGCACUCUUCAGAAACGAAUGGGGUAUGAGUGCUGUGUGUGUCUACACCAUACAAGAUAUUGACAACAUCUUCAUGACCUCCCCGUUUAAAGUCUCCAGCCAAGCCAAACAAAGGGACAGGCCUAGGGAGUGUGUUUCGGACAGCAGAACGAUUUACCCAGACACCAUGAGGAUGAUCGAGGAGACUUCAGAUAUGGAUCAGUGUAUUGAGCCUCUGAACAAGUCAGGCCCAAUUCUUUUGAAUCACCACAUCUACACUCACAUCUACGCCGACAGUUCCCAGCACAAGCAGAACCACACGGUUCUGUUUCUGUCACUAAAUAACGGAGGGAUUCAUAAAGUGAUACGGACUAAAAAUCAGACUUUAGUCAUCGCUGAGUAUGAACCUUUCAACCACAAAGACCAUAUCCUCAGCAUGAUCCUUCACCCAUCCUCCAGGAAGCUAUAUGUGAACUCCAGAAGUGAACUGGUCCAGCUGAAUGUGGCAAACUGUGACAAGUAUGGAGACCGCUGUGAGGAUUGUGUCUUAGCCAGAGAUCCCUACUGCGGCUGGAACAACACCCACUGUUCCCCUGAGACAAAUGAUCUGCUGCAGAUUGUGUCCACAGGGAACUACGCCAUCUGCCCUGCCCAACAACCCGAGAAAGCUUUUAGAUCUACCACUAACACACAUGCAGACAAGAAUGGGGAGAGCAUCACAGUUCCUUCUCAGUCCAAGUAUUUCCUCCAGUGUCCAGUGUUGUCCCAUCACGCCAAGUACUCCUGGGUUCACGUUAACGGCAACAGCUCCAAAUCCUGCAAGUCAAAGGAUCACGAGUGUCUUCUUCUCAUCAACAGCAUGAGCCUUGAGCAGGUGGGAACUUACAAAUGUGUGUCAGAGGAAUUGGGCUAUAGAAAAGACCUGGCAGUGUACGACCUACAGAUGGGCAGCAGGGCAGUGGGUCAAUUAUCAAGCCCACUCGUCUGGGUUUGUCUGAUUGCCGCUCUGAUUAAGAGUUUGACCUGAUGUGAUUCCAGUGAAAGAUGAUACAUGAUAAUACUGAAUUAAAGCCCAGCCUUGUCUAUGAGUGUCUGUGCUCAUACAAUAACUGGGGCUGCGGCAAUGCAACUAGAAUGAAAAUCCGUUAUUUUGUCCCAAUUAACUGAAAAAAUAAUUUCACCGUACUUAAAGUAUUUAUAUAAACAUCUUGAUGUAUCAGCAUCAGUGUCAUCAGCAGCAGAUGACACAAUCAUGUCAGCAAUCAUCUUUAUUGAUUUUAAUUUCAUAAAUUUUUAUUAUACGUAAUUAGCGCUGGCCUUCAAAUGCAUCGUUUUAAUAGACUGUAAAAUUGAAAAUGUUUGGAAAAAUGUAAAAAGUCUUGCAUUUCUGAAUCCUUUUACUGCACUUGUCUGGGUCUCAUGCCGUUAGCUGCACAUAAACGUACGCUUCACCUAUGAUAAUGAAAUAUAUAUUUAUAUAGAUGUAUUUUUAUAGCAUAAUUCAUUUUGUGCACAAUUACCUUCACAUACAAAGAUGACGUAUGUCCUUGUUUGUUUUGUUUGUCAAAAACAUUUAACAUGUUUAUUAUUUAAGACAAUUUCGUUACUAUGUCAUACAAACAAGAAGAACACACAUGCAGAGUUGCAACUCUGGAAACUGGUUCAAAAUAAUGUUAAAAGCUGUUAAAUGACCCUCAGUGGGUUUGAAAGACUGUGAUGUAAUAAUACUCCAUUAUAUGAGAAGAACAAAUGGGGCAAGGGUACAGCAUGCGGGAAACCUGUAUUGGCUAACCUGACACAUACUGAACUCAGAUUUUUACAAGAAGAGAAAACACCUCGAGUCUUGCCAUACGAUUGUUGCAUGAUGAACGUUGUAUUUCAGUCCUGUUGGAAAACCAUGUUUCAGUGUCAUCUGUUUCCUUUAAAUGUGAAAUUCUUUCUGAAUGGACACACUGUCCUAGCUGCAAUUUCCAGUUUUGUAUUCUACCUCAGACUUGCUUGACGGGCUUUGGGUUACAACAGACUGAACAAUUUUCUGUUUGUCAAGACUCCUCUGUUAAUCAGACUAAAGGUAGCAUGCUCUUAGUGUGAAGUAGUGCUAAGUUGUUGCAAGUGCAAAGUUGAAACAGUGUUUUUGUAGUUGAGCCUCUUGUAGUGAGUGAGGUGUGAAUUAAUUCAUAUCACCAAACCUUUGACCUUAUGAAGCUACAAUGUUGUUCAGCACAUUGUAGCUGUAUUUUCUAACUUUGUUGCUCACAAGCAGGAGGCUAAAAAGCACUUUGUGUUUUUAUAUGUGUAUGUUAGAUGGUUAUAAACAUGUUACAGCUUAGAUUGAAUGUGACGUAAAUAAGUGGAAUAAAUAACAUUUUGAUGACU